ACAUGCGGCGGGUUUUUCGCCAGAGCGGAAGGAAUGUAUCUCUUGAGUUCCCAUUCCCAUUCGGUGUUUCUGAACGGUUUCUCACUUGGGCUCUUAAAGACGUGCAGAAUGAUCUUCACCUUCCUGACAAUUUACAUCCUCUAUUUAUCAGCCUGCUUAAAUGCUGCCGAUGUCGUGCUAUACGCGAAUAAGGAUUUUAAGGACCCAAAGUGUAACGUAUCCCUCCAGGGCUGUAAAGCUAUUUGCCCAAACGUGGCAGGCAAGGUAACCUCUAUUAAGCCGUCGAAAGGUGCUUGCAUGAGGUUCUUCGGCACUCCGGAUUGCAAAGGUGGGCCUCCAGUUUACAAGGCGGCAUACACCGAUGAGUAUGGCAGAGGAUUGUCCGAUCUGACUGGCAGCAUCUUUCAGACAGCUAAAGGCAUAGGCGAUUGUGACACAUCAAACGGAAUCCCGCAGAAUUCCCUCGGGUUUUUCUCUGAGAAGCACUUCAAAGGAAAAUCUUGCGUUGUGCCGGUAAGUGGCUGCAAAGCACUAAAUCAAGAUCUGGCGGGCAAAUCGCAGUCUUUCAUCAUGAACUCGAAGUGUUGCACAGUCUACGAGAACAAGAACUGUUCGGGACCGGGGAUUUUAACUUUUUUGGCAACCGAUUUUGGAACCGCGUAUGACGAUUACUCAGGCAGUCCCACUUGGGCCAACUAUAAAACUAUCUCUUCCGUUAGAGAUUCGUGCACAGUAACGGAGGGGAAGCAACGGAAAAGAGUGUAGGUAGGUUCAAUGGACUACUACACAACGAGAAGCCACUAUUUCUUCAAUGUACACAUGUGAUGCAGAACGUAACGUUGAAUCAUCGUGAUAUGAAUUUAUAUAUUUUUCUACCAUCCCAC